CACGCUUCUUCCUGUAUCAGACUUAGAGGCGCCCCCUGCUGGUCCUUCAAGGAUUGCUGGACAUCCUCGGAUGGGCUGUGCCGCUGUCGCGAGCUCUGCCAUCACCCUGCGCCACCUCACAAUUGCCUUGGCAACUUCGCGAAUUGCUCACGAUUCGACUCGGAAGGCGUUGUGCAAGGGGUUCGCCAGCCAAGGAGCUUUCUUUGGAGCUCCGCUACCCAGUCCUAUCCGUGCAGCUCCGUCCUUCUUCCUCCAGAAGCGGGAAGCUUCUCAGCAAGCAAGCAUGGCCGUUACAAAGAUUAAGGUGGAGAACCCGGUGGUGGAAAUGGACGGGGAUGAGAUGACAAGAAUCAUCUGGCAGAUGAUCAAGGACAAGCUCAUCUUCCCUUUCCUGGACCUGGACAUCAAGUACUUUGACUUGGGAGUUGAGCACCGUGAUGCGACGGACGACAAAGUAACCCAUGAUGCGGCUGAGGCCACCCAGAAGUACAAUGUGGCGAUCAAGUGCGCCACCAUCACCCCCGACGAGGGCCGCGUUAAGGAGUUCAAGCUGAAGCAGAUGUGGAGGAGCCCCAACGGAACCAUCAGGAACAUCCUGAACGGAACGGUCUUCCGUGAGCCCAUCAUCUGUAAGAACGUGCCACGGCUCAUCCCUGGGUGGAAGACGCCCAUCUGCAUUGGCAGGCACGCGUUUGGUGACCAGUACCGCGCCACCGACUACGUCGCCAAGGGGGCGGGGAAGCUGAAGCUCGUGUUUGAGCCCGAGAACGGGGAGGCUCCCACCACGAUGGAGGUGUACGACUUCAAGUCGGACGGAGGCGUUGCGCUCGCCAUGUACAACACGGAUGACUCCAUCCGCGCGUUUGCCAAGUCGUCCUUCACGGUGGCCUACUCCAAGAAGUGGCCCCUGUACAUGAGCACCAAGAACACCAUCCUCAAGAAGUACGACGGCAGGUUCAAGGACCUGUUCGAGGAGGAGUACGAGAAGAACUGGAAGGACAAGUUUGAGGCCGCCGGCAUCUGGUACGAGCACCGGCUGAUCGACGACAUGGUGGCGCAGUGCAUCAAGAACGACGGCGGCUACGUGUGGGCGUGCAAGAACUACGACGGGGACGUGCAGUCCGACAUGCUCGCGCAGGGCUUCGGCUCGCUCGGCCUCAUGACCUCUGUCCUGGUCUGCCCCGACGGCAAGACGAUUGAGGCGGAGGCCGCGCACGGGACUGUGACGCGCCACUUCCGCGUGCACCAGAAGGGCGGCGAGACCAGCACCAACAGCAUCGCGUCCAUCUUCGCAUGGACUCGGGGACUCUCCCACAGGGGCAAGCUGGACAACAACUCGGCUCUGGUGGAAUGGGCGGAGAAGCUGGAGACGGCGUGCAUCGGCACUGUCGAGGACGGCAAGAUGACGAAGGACCUCGCGCUGCUCAUCCACGGGCCCAAGAUCUCCCGCGAGCAGUAUCUGAACACCGAGGAGUUUAUCGAUGCUGUGGCAGCCAAGCUGGAGAAGAGUCUCCAAUGACUAUCUUCGAGAUUGUAGACGAUGUCGCGUGCGCGCUCACUCAGAUUCGAAGGGCUAUACUAUGAUUCGUGGAAAAGACGUUUGUUCUUCUGUACCGUACGGUAGACUUUGUAGCAGUGCUGUCUUUCGAAUCUGAUACUGACUGUCAAUGGCGGGCUGCAAAGUCGAGGACGUUCGCUGGAGGCACGUGUAAGGAGUUGGCUGCACAUAAGUUUUGAAGGCGCAGACUAUCCAUGUAGAAGCUUAACGUUGCAGUAUGUAUUAUGUGGAUGAGACGAUUGCAGUUAAAGCUUACUGUAGAGGGUUGUCUUGUAUUGGGCGCAUGUAUUCGUGUCCGGCCAUGCAUCAUUGGCCUGGCAUGGAUGAUUGCAUUGAACAGUGUUACUCCGAUUGCAAUAGCGUGCGACUUUGCAACAUGGGAG